AAAGAUGACCAGCUCCCCCUAAAUGCUCACCCUCAUAACUUUCGGCUUUCCUGUAAAACAUGCCAGAUACUCCUCCACUCUUCCUUUAGUCUGUUUUCUGUCUCUGCUUAUCUAAUCCUCCCUUCUCCCUUGAUAGUCUUCUCUGCUGGGCAUUCACUAUUACCACGUCCUGUCUCUCAUACAGUCCUCCCUGGUUUAAAGAACUUCCCAGAGACUGUUUCUCUGGAGUUGUCUUUUAGCUUCAAGGUGACACAGUUCUUCAGAAGUCACUCAAGCGCUUUGAGUGCAGCAACGUGUGUUUCAAACCCCAUAUAGAGACUAAGAAAAUAAUAUUUGGGAGUCGGGUACCUGAUACUUGAAGAUCCAGGGAGAAGCGGGUGUCCUUUGUGCUUUGUCUGCCAGUCCAGUGGGAACUGCACAGAGGAAUCCUUUUCAGUCGCUCAUUCUUUAAGAUUAUGAUCUGGCAUGCAGGUCAGUUCUUAACUUGGCGGCCACACAAGAAUCCCUAGAGUAUACCUCGUCUCAAUUUGCAUUGCAAAGAGGGGCAGAGAGGGGCUGCAUAAAAAGCUUUUACUUCUAAGGAAUGGUGACAUGAUGGAGAGGCCUGAGGAGGCUCUGCAUGUGCAUGUGAAUGUGAAUGGGCUUCACCUUUAGCUGAAAUACUUGGAAUGAGUCCAUACACAUUUGGGCGUGUGCAUAUAUGUGCCACAAAAAAUAAGCUCUUGCAAGUCCUGUCUUUCAUGCAGUAACUUGAGUGUUUAUGUGGCACUGGAACAUGUCUUUGCACAAGCGAGACAAAAAAGCACAACUUUGUCAAUGAGGAAGGCUUGGAUUUGAGAGCUUAAUAGUCAUUCUGUAAAAACAUUGUUAUUAAUGCUCGUGAUUAUAUUGCAUUAAUCAUUAGGAGGAUUCAUAAGUAUAUAGAUUGAAAGUCUUCAGCUGUUAGACAAACUUUUUUUUAAAUAGUUCUGAGUAAUGGUGGUAUUAUUUUUAUUUCAGAGGAAGUUCCUAUAGUGAAUAGUAGAUAUUAUAACACAGUAAUUACUUGUUCUUUCCAUAACUAUAUGAAGUGCUGUAACAUCUUUCUACCACUAGGUGGCCAGACCUGUCCACUUCUUGAUACCCCACCCCCCCAAAAAAGAGAGAUGUAGACGGUGCCAGUGUGUUAUCAGCUUUGCGCCAUUGUUUUUGAGCCACCAAGCCUGAUAUUUUACACAAUAACGUACAUAUGAGGCAAAACUAGCAAUUUGUUUUGGAUUUCUACUUGAAGUGCACCCUGACCCUACGUCAAAGAGUUGUUUUGGUGGAAAAUUGAACCUCCCACCCUGUGAUACUCUGUUUCCUUGGCAUACCUCAGUACGUCUUCAAUUACUCUCUGUUGGAGCUUCCGAUCCCUUAAUUGCAGCACAGGACUCUGCUACUGAUGAGUGUUUCGAGAGUGUUGUGCUUUUCGAGUGAAACAAUACCAUUUUUCUCUGAUGAUGUAACUUCCACAUUUGGACCACUGGUUGGGGCCUGAGCGAGUACUGGCAUUGUAUUCCAGCAAGCCUCAGGAUGUCCUGUUGGGGGGUAGGGGCUGUGCGGGAGAGGAGAUGCGAAAGCAGAGCUGUGUGAUUUGAAUGGUGGUAACUGCUGGGGGUGGCUUGGAGACACCCCGUUAAAAUCAGUUUUUAAAUUUAAUUUGAAGACUUUUUCUUUCCCCCCAUUGGAUUUAUUUUAUUUAUUUUCAGUGGUCAGUCUUUCCUUGUGUUGGUCAAAGGAAUCCUUUUCUUGGACCAGCUAAAGAUUUGCAAGUAUUUUGGUGUCAUGUUUAAGGCUUCUCCAAGGAGUAUUAAGUAGGUGUUGAUUUCCAUGAUCAACAGGGCUUAUAUCUGUUUAGGACAAAGCGGGACAGAAACCUGUUUUGAGGAGUGAACUUUAAGGAGGUGAACGAAGACAACAAACAUAAGCAUUUCGGAGAGAUCUACGCCGCAAUCGACACAUUGGCAUUCACCUUUGGCAAUGUAGUGUCUGACUUCCUUAUGGGAGAUGUAGAGAAUGGAUCAGUGUUGGGGCUCCCCCUGACUAAGAGAAGCAGGUCUUUUGAGAACCUCUCUGUGGAAUCUGGAGGAUCCGGUCUUGAGAAAGAUGAUCCGCCAGAGUCUUCUCCACCGGUUCGGGCCGAAGAGGUGGACAGGACACUGCAGAGGCAGGACAGCGGAGUGGAGUCAGCACUGGCCUACGCCAAGGCCUGGUCCAAGUAUACCAAAGAGCUGCUGGCAUGGGUGGAGAAGCGUCUCAAUAUGGAUAUUGAGUGUGCAAAAAGUUACGCCAAGAUGGCUGAGACUGCUAAGACGCUUGCUAGUCAACAGGAAUUCAUGCCUUUCCGUGAGAUCUACAUGACAGCUUUCAAAAAUGACAUCGAGUAUAGCCAGCUGAUUCUUCAAACUGCAGCAAUACUCCAAAGCAACAAAUUCAUGCAGCCUCUCCUGGCCAGAAAAAAUGAGCUGGACAAACUGCGAAAAGAGGUCAAGGAGCAGUGGCAGAGAGAGCAAAAGAAAAUGCACGAAGCAGACACGGCUCUGAGGAAGGCCCGGCUCCUGCAGACCCAGCGACAGGAUGAAUACGAGAAGGCCAAGGUGUCGACUAGUCGGCUGGAGGAGGAGCAGACUGGAGGGGGAGGGGGAGCGGCAGCGGCAAAGCAGCUAGAAAAAAGGCGUAGACUGGAGGAGGAGGCGCUGCAGAAGGCCGAGGAGGCCAAAGAUCACUGCAAAGCUUGUCAGGUUGAUGUCGGGGUGAAGAGAGUCGAGCUGGUCAACACCAAGAAUGAGAUUAUCACUCAGAUCCGAGAGAUGGUCUCCCAGUGUGACCUCACCCUCAAGGCCGUGACCGUCAACUGGUUCCAGCUUCAGCAGGCCCAGGUUGUGUCUCUACCUGUCAACCACCAGACUCUGUGUGAAAAUGCCAAGCUGUACGAGCCUGGCCAGCGUUACAUCGACUUUGUCAGGAGUUUACCUACGGAUGCGCCUCGACUUGAGUGUCACUCGUUGGAUUCACCGGUCACACAAAACACAGGGAUGCCUUUCAAUAAGCGCUCACUAAGUGGCAGCCACUCCUCCCACAGUAACCUGUCACAGGCAUCUGUGACCUCUGACCUCCUUGUUGGAGAUGAUGUGGACAGCCCCAUCAGUGCCCAACACCCCAAGAUUGCUGAAAGACGCUCCAACGGUAGCGGUGACAUCCAAGCACUUAAAAUUCAGGCGCCAUUUCGUCCCUGGACCUCGGCCAAUCAGGGUGGAGGGAUGUGCAGUGAUUCGGAAAGUGCUGGAGGGAGCAGUGAGUCCCGGUCCAUGGACUCGCCGACUGCAAGCCCAGGAGACUUCAAGAGGAGAUUACCCAGAACCCCCUCCACUGGUACCAUGUCGUCUGCUGAUGACUUGGAUGAGAGAGAGCCUCCCUCGCCGUCUGAUAAUGGUUUAAAUGAAAUGGUAAUCGAAACGGCGAGCUCUCCAGGACCCUUUAGAAACACUCAGAUGUCUAAGGCGGCCCAAACCCACAAGCUUAGAAAGCUUCGAGCACCUUCCAAGUGUCGUGAGUGUGACAGCCUGGUGGUGUUUCAUGGAGCGGAGUGUGAGGAGUGCUCCUUGGCGUGCCAUAAAAAGUGUCUGGAAACCCUGGCUAUCCAGUGUGGCCACAAGAAGCUCCAGGGAAGGCUUCACCUAUUUGGCAUUGACUUCACACAGUCGGCUAAGAACAGCCAGGAUGGCAUCCCAUUCAUCAUACGGAAGUGCACGUCGGAAAUUGAGAAUAGAGCCCUCAGCAUCAAGGGGAUCUACCGUGUGAAUGGUGCAAAGUCUCGAGUAGAGAAGCUGUGCCAGGCCUUUGAGAACGGCAAGGAUCUGGUGGAGCUUUCCGAUCUUUCUCCCCACGACAUUAGCAAUGUACUCAAACUGUACCUGAGACAGCUUCCAGAGCCACUCAUCCUCUUCCGCUAUUAUAACGACUUUAUUGGUUUGGCCAAGGAGAGCCAGAGUAUCAUUGUGGAGGAACUGGAAGCACAGAGAGUUAAUCCCACCACUGCGACCCCUGCGCAGGUUAGCGUCGAGCUCAAUCGAGUCCUGUUCAAGAUCAAGGAUCUGCUAAGACAGCUGCCACCAGCUAAUUACAAGACGCUGCAGUUCCUCAUAGAGCAUCUUCACCGGGUGACGGAGCAAUCAGAGGAGAACAAGAUGACCGCCAGCAAUCUGGGUAUCAUCUUUGGCCCGACGCUGAUCAAGCCAAGGCAGGCCGAUGCUGAAGUUUCCCUUUCUUCUCUGGUGGAUUACCCUUAUCAGGCGCUCAUUGUGGAGCUCCUGAUCAGACAUUACCAGAUGGUCUUUGACACGCCUCUGAGUCCUGUAAGUGGCACCUCGCCCACAGAGGUUGAUGCCCAGACCCGCGCUAACACUCGCCUUAUGCAACAGGACAAAGAGCAGCAGCUGAUCAGGCACUCCAAGUCACUUGGAGACAUUAAAGAGUCGAGCUUAAAGGUGUUUAAAAGGCAUUCGUCUAUAAUUCCUUCUUCACACUUAUUGACUGAGGUUCAGGAGAGGAUGCCAAGCCUUGAUGGAAGCGAUUUUGAACCAGCUGAUGAAACUGAUUCAGAGACCCUCAGUUUGUCGUCAAGUGUCCCUGAAGUCGCAAAAUCUGGGGAGAGAGGCCUGUGUCGUUCUCAUCACAUCACAGUCACCAGGGUUCAGCUUCGACACCCUCGCAACAAGCUACCGUCACGGCCGUUUAGCAUGCCGGCCGAACGGAUACUUAACCGAAGCCAAAUAGACGAGAAUAACUCCCGGAACGCCACUGACCAAGAUGACAGGAAGGGAAGCGGUUGCGACCAGUCCAUCGAAGAAGUGGACGAGACUGAGAAUACAAAAACAAGAGCGGCCACACAUUUCCGGAGUACCUUUAUCGACACCCAGACAUUACGCAGAACUUGGGAUAAACAAUACAAACAUGAAGUUGCCUCAAGAACUGUCAAAAUUGAGGCCAGCUCAUCCACAGAGAGUGCAGCAGUGGAAGGCUUGUCAAACUCUGUGCCAUCAACCCUCUCCCUUGGAACUACUUACACAGUCGCAGUGCGACCCAACAGGACUAUAAAAAGGGAAGAUAAUGUCACAAAGUAUAGCCCCAUUGCAACAACUUUCAGAGCCCCCAGAACUCUUCAGCCCCCCCCAGGAACCUUCUACAAGCCCCCAUCGGGAAGCAAAGCUAAAGUCCUGCAGAAUUGUGCACAAGCUAACAGUGCUGAGGAAGAAGAUGAAGAGGAGGAUGAGGAGGAGGAUGAGGAGGGGGAAAUAGGCAUUGAGAUAGAGGUGUCUGUAGAUGAGCCCCUUGAGGAGGACGUUGAGAUUGAACAGACAGCCAUAUCUCAGUCUCCCAGCUGUAGCCCUGAGGAAAUGGACCAAAACCAGGCAAAACCAGUGUACCAGAGACUAAGGCCCAGGCGUCUUCCAGAGGUGGAACACAGAGAGGCACAUUUUGUUUAAGCCACUUAAAGACAUUGUUGUUAGAGCUCCGAGAAUCACAAUGUGUGUCACGUUAGGAGGAACACGCAGAAACAUCUGCAUUGACUCUGUAGAGAAAAUGAGCAGAUGUAUGACUGGCACUGUGUAGAUCUAUUGUAAGUAUUAUGAUAUCUUUGAUCCUCAAAAGAAAAAAAAUGCACUUAUAAUGCUGUAAAUUUUGAUUCACAAAUCAUACAUUUACCAAUCACUUGCUCAGUAUACUCUGGCACACAGCCAGGAUAUUUAUAAUUUUUGGAUCUGUGCAAUUUGUUUUUGUUUGAAUAUUUUGUGUAAAAUUCCUACAGGUUCACGUAUGUAUGUUUCUAUACCAAAAAAAGCCCUCGAGGCGUAACAACACUGCAUAACGUUAUGGAGAUGUGUGGUGCACUUACCUGAUAACGCUCUUUCACCAUCAGCCUUCUGCCUGCACCGUUGAAGAGUGUUUUAAGCUGUUACAAGUAGUCUGUAAUUAAAAACAUUGCUAAUAUUUUUUUUGCAAUUUAACAACAUCUGUUACGUGAUGUACUCUGAUGUCUGUGUUUGCGUUUGGUCAUGUAAGGAAGCAUCACUUACAAAGGGUAUAAAUCCACUCGUUUUUGUACUGCGUGGUGUUAAAUGUGUCUGAAAAGCUUUUAGAAAUGCUACAGGAUUCUGACAUGGCAUUAUUCUUCCUAAUUUUAAUAUAUGUACAUUUUUUAAUAGCCAAAGCUUUUUUUUCAUUGUUUUUUUUUUUGUUGGUUUUGUUGUUGGUUGUUUUGUUUGUUUUUUUACAAUUUGAGUAGUUUUAUCAAUAACCUGAAUCUUAUGCUUUCUUUGUAAGUAAUGGGAAGUGCAUCAUUUAUUUAAAUGGUAUCUGUUUUUCAUGGUAAUGUACAAGCCUGGCACAGUGUUGAAAGUUCAGUGUAAGAAAACAGGUACAUAAAACAAACACCCUUUUGUAACUUAUUAAAAUAUAUCUGACAACUUACAACAGUGA